AUGCCCACCGAGAAGCAGCAGAGGAACAGGAAGAAGUUUACGCGGGAGUACAAGGUACGGGAGAUUCAAAAGAACAUCACGAAGAAGACCCGGUUACGGAAGAACUAUUUCAAAGCGCUGAAGGAGGAAGGGUACACUGUUCCCGAGAAACCCGAACACGAUGCUGACAAAACCAAAGCGAAUAUACAACGCAUGAAGCAGGAGAAAGUGUCGCAGGGGAAGAUGAAGUUUGACGAAAAGAAGGAAAUGAAAAGGCAGCGUCAGAGGUCGAAGAGGGAGGAAGAAGAAGCUCGGAGACAGAGGCAACUGGACAGGUUGAAGGAGUCCAAGGCGAAGCAUAUUGAACGUGAAAAUAGAUCGAAAAGAUUGACGCAAAAGACGAGAUCCGGACAGCCUCUCAUGGGCCCCAAGAUUGGCGACCUUUUGGAAAAGAUCAAAACAGACGAUACCUACACUGCAUGA